AUGCGGGACUGGGUGUUCCUGACGAGAUUUUGUUUCCUCUCGGAUUAUGGCCGGUUGGACUUUCGCUUCCGCUAUCCGGAGGCCAAGUGCUGUCAGAACAUCCUCCUUUAUUUUGAUGACCCAUCCCAGUGGCCAGCUGUGUACAAGGCGAAGGACAAGGACUGCAUAGCCAAGGAGUCCGUGAUCAGACCUGAGAACAACCAGGUCAUCAACCUCACCACCCAGUAUGCCUGGUCAGGCUGUCAGGUGGUGUCAGAGGAGGGAACCCGCUACCUGAGCUGCUCCAGCGGCCGCAGCUUCCGCUCCGUGCGUGAAAGGUGGUGGUACAUCGCACUCAGCAAGUGCGGGGGAGAUGGGCUGCAGCUGGAGUAUGAGAUGGUCCUCACUAACGGGAAGUCCUUCUGGACCAGGCACUUCUCAGCAGAUGAAUUUGGGAUUCUGGAGACAGAUGUGACCUUCCUUCUCAUCUUCAUCCUCAUCUUCUUCCUUUCCUGUUACUUUGGAUAUUUGCUGAAAGGCCGACAGUUGCUUCAUACCACCUAUAAAAUGUUCAUGGCUGCAGCAGGACUGGAGGUCCUUAGCCUCCUGUUUUUCUGCAUCUACUGGGGCCAGUAUGCCACCGAUGGCAUUGGCAACGAAAGUGUGAAGAUCUUGGCCAAGCUACUCUUCUCCUCCAGCUUCCUCAUCUUCCUGCUCAUGCUCAUCCUUCUGGGGAAGGGAUUCACGGUGACACGGGGCCGCAUCAGCCACUCGGGCUCAGUGAAGCUCUCCGUGUACAUGACCCUAUAUACCCUCACCCAUGUGGUGCUGCUCAUCUACGAGGCAGAAUUCUUCGAUCCAGGCCAGGUACUGUACACGUACGAGUCUCCAGCUGGCUAUGGGCUCAUCGGGCUGCAGGUGGCAGCGUAUGUGUGGUUCUGUUACGCUGUGCUGGUCUCACUACGCCAUUUCCCAGAGAAACAACCCUUUUAUGUGCCCUUCUUCGCUGCCUACACCCUCUGGUUCUUUGCAGUUCCUGUCAUGGCCCUGAUAGCCAAUUUUGGGAUCCCCAAGUGGGCUCGGGAGAAGAUUGUUAAUGGCAUCCAGCUGGGAAUCCACUUGUAUGCCCACGGCGUGUUUCUGAUCAUGACCCGCCCUUCGGCCGCCAACAAGAACUUCCCGUACCACGUGCGCACGUCGCAGAUCGCCUCGGCCGGGAUCCCCGGCCCCGGAGGAAGCCAGCCGUCGGACAAGGCCUUCCCGCAGCACGUCUACGGGAACGUGACGUUCAUCAGCGACUCGGUGCCCAACUUCACGGAGCUCUUCUCCAUCCCUCCGCCCGCCUCCUCCGCCGGGAAGCAGGUGGAGGAGACGGCGGUAGCGGCGGCGGCGGUGGCCCCGAGGGGUCGCGUGGUGGUGACCAUGGCCGAGCCGGGCGCAGCCUCCCCGUCCCUUCCCGCUCGGUUCCCCAAGGCGGCUGACUCGGGCUGGGAUGGCCCGACGCCCCCCUACCAGCCGCUGGUUGCCCAGACGGCGGCGCCACAGAGCGGCGGCUUCACCGAAUACUUCAGCAUGCACACAGCCGGGGGUCCCGCACCCCCGGUCUGA